CUCGACAAAAGCUCCUUUUCCCAUUGACACUUCACUUCACUCAUUUUUUUCUUCCAACUUUUCUCUCUCUUAACUUCCCCUUUCUCUCUCCUACCACAAAUGGCUUCCCACCCAAACACUGCCAUCGCCGCCGCUCUCCUGUCCUUGAUCCUCGCCGUCCUCCUCCUGCCGACAAGGACCGAAGACACCUGCCCAUAUCCCUGCUACCCUCCGCCCACCGGCCCCGCCACCUCUACUCCCACCACUCCAUCUCCGCCGUCGCCAACAGGUUAUGGCUCCUAUUCUCCUCCGGCCUUCUACCCUCCGCCGGCUGCUACCUACCCAUAUAACACCCCGCCCUCCAACGGCAACAGCUUCGAUGGCGUCACUCCACCGCCUCCGGACCCGAUUCUGCCGUACUUCCCUUAUUACUUCAAGAAGCCUCCUCAUAAACCGGACGAUGAAUCCAGUGGCUCCGCCGUCGCAGGACGCAAAUCGGAGGUCGGAAUGAUCGCCGGAACUUUGUUAUUUAUUACUCUCUCUCUUUCCUUCAAUUUGAUGUAAUGAAUUAAUUAGAAAAUUUCAUUUUCUCGACAAUCCUUACGAUUUCAUCCGAUUAUGAUCUCUGUCAGAUUAAAACAUAUUUAAUAAAAUAUUUAUGUCUAAGUUUAAGCA